GAGAGAGAGAGAGAGAGAGAGAGAGAGAGAGAGAGAGAGAGAGAGAGAGAGAGCAGAAUGCCAGUGUGACUCCUGGUGAAAUGAAAGGGUUAAAUCUCUCUCUUUUAGUGUGGUGAGUGUGUGUUCUCCUCAACAGAUGCUUUGCAUCUAGAGCCCAGAGAACGAGAGGAUAGUGGGAUUGAUGUGGAGCGUUCUGAACAGGAACACUUUAGAUUCCGGACUCCUGUCACUCCUCAGUGACAUCAUGUGUGUUCUGGUUCCUAGCUCUAUGGUCCUUGUGUGCCAGAGGGUGCAGCCCACUGGGAGGACGACAAUGCCCCCUCAUCUGCAACCCAGACACCUCCUGCCUCUUCUUCUCCAUGUCAUUCUACUCUGCCUUCAUGCAACUGCCUGGCCCCACGAUUCCAGAGGUGUGGUGGAUGACAUGUGUCCCAGCUCAGAGUGGAACCACAUGUGUAGGGACUGUUGUGAGUACCAGCUGAUCCAGUGUAGAUGUCCUUCCCAGGGGACACGGGUGGGCUACUCCGUCCCCUGCUGCCGCAACCAACUGGACCAGUGUGACCCCUGCAUCAUCCACCCUGGCUGCAGUCUGUUUGAGAACUGUAAAACCUGUCACAAUGGGACGUGGCAGGCCAAGGAUGAUUUCUUCAUCCGAGGGAGAUUCUGUACGGACUGUCGUCAGGGCUGGGCAGGUGGAGACUGCAAGACAUGUGGAGGGGUGAUUCGUAGAGCCCAGGGCCACAUCAUGCUAGAGAGUUACCCCAUCAAUGCGCACUGUGAGUGGAGGGUGCAGGUAGAGAAAGGGGAGAACGUGGAGCUCAGGUUCUCCAUGCUUAGUCUAGAGCCUGACCACAACUGUCACUAUGACUACGUGGAGCUGCGAGAUGGUGACAGCCUGAGCUCCCCCGUCAUUGGCCGGUUUUGUGGGAAUGAGCUGCCUCCACCAAUCAGAACCUCUGGAAGCAGGCUGCACGUCCUGUUUGUCUCAGAUGGCUACAACAACUUUGAUGGCUUCUUCGCCGCUUUUCAGCAGAGCUCAGCGUGCAGCCCCUCCCCUUGUCAGCACCAUGGAACCUGUUUGCUGAACCCAGUACAGUCUUUUCGCUGUGCAUGUCUGCCAGGCUACACAGGUCAACUGUGUGAGAAUGUUGCUAGGAGUCAGGUGUGUGUGUUGCCAGCGAGGCCCGUGAACGGGGAGCUCCUCUCUGUGUACGGCCUGGAGGAUGAGCUCCUGGCUGUUCAGUACCUGUGCCACCCACCCUACACACUGACUGGCAGCCCCCAGAGGACCUGCCUGCCCAACGCCACCUGGAGUGGCAAAUCUGAAAACAAGAAGAGAGUAUACAAGGAAAACAAGAAGAGAGUACACAAGGAAAACGAGAAGAGAGUACACAAGAAAAACAAGAAGAGAGUACACAAGAAAACAAGAAGAGAGUACACAAGAAAAACAAGAAGAGAGUACACAAGAAAACAAGAAGAGAGUACACAAGAAAAACAAGAAGAGAGUACACAAGAAAACAAGAAGAGAGUACACAAGGAAAACAAGAAGAGAGUACACAAGAAAAACAAGAAGAGAGUACACAAGGAAAACAAGAAGAGAGUACACAAGGAAAACAAGGAGAGAGUACACAAGGAAAACAAGAAGAGAGUACACAAGGAAAACAAGAAGAGAGUACACAAGGAAAACAAGAAGAGAGUACACAAGGAAAACAAGAAGAGAGUACACAAGGAAAACAAGAAGAGAGUACACAAGGAAAACAAGAAGAGAGUACACAAGGAAAACAAGAAGAGAGUACACAAGGAAAACAAGAAGAGAGUACACAAGGAAAACAAGAAGAGAGUACACAAGGAAAACAAGAAGAGAGUACACAAGGAAAACAAGAAGAGAUCCAUCUCUUCGUGUCUCUCAGAGUCCAUUCGACCCAGUCAGAGGGGUGCAGACCCAGUCAGAGGGCUCGGGGUGUGUCCUCCUCCAGCCAGGCUGCACCAUGGUUACCUCCAGCUGGUCCGGGGCUCUGGAGGAGGUCCUGACACAGUGGACUACUUCUGUAACCCCUCCUACAUCCUGAGUGGAGGCUCCCGGAGCACCUGUCUCCCAGAUGGCUCGUGGAGUGGCCGGCAACCACUGUGUGUGAGAGCCUGUCGAGAGCCUAAGGUAUCUGAGCUGGUGAGACACAAAGUUGUGAAGCCAAAGGCCCCAUCCAGGAAUAGUCCAGUCCACAGGCUUCACACCUCAUCCACCCAUACGGUCUAUGACAGUCACCCUCCUGGCAUGGACCCACCCUCCUCAGGGAACCUCCCCAACACCCAAGACCCUGUCCUGAGGGAAUUACCCCGUGGUUUCCACCAGCUGUCCACUAGCAUAGAGUAUGAGUGUGCCUCCUCUCUCUACCAACACUACGGUAGCCCCCGGCGCACCUGUCUGAAGACUGGCAGGUGGAGCGGGCAUCAUGUCUCCUGCUCGCCAGUGUGUGGUCAACUCCCAGCUGGCUUCAGCCCUCAGAACCUCACUGAGAUUGGAUGGCCCUGGCAUGCAGCCAUCUACCUCCGCUCCCACAUCAUCCGCAGAGCUGGCUCUGGCCUACAGACGGCACCAGAGGAGGCCUCCUCUCCUUGGCAGCUGGCGUGCAGUGGAGCACUAGUCACCCAGCUCAGUGUGCUGGUGGCAGCUCACUGCCUGGUGGUGGCAGGAGUGGGCAAGCCGCAGUGGAUAGAUCCAGCCAACAUUAAAGUGGUGAUGGGAAUGCACAGCCCGGGCCAGAUGAGGACACUGAAACAACUGCAGGUUUCCUCUGUCCUGGUCCAUCCCAGCUUUGAUCCUGUGACACUGGACUCGGACCUGGCCGUUCUGAAGCUACGGGACAAGGCCAAGAUCAGUGAGCGUGUGCUGCCCGUGUGUCUCCCCAAAAUGCAAGGUGGGGAGGUGACCGCCACACAGGGCUAUGCCACAGGCUGGCUCCUUGCAUCUGACUCAAGGUCCAGUUCCAAACCCAGCCUAGACGCCGAGACAGCCCAGACUGGAGUGGUCGAGCUGGGGGAUGUCGUUCAGUGUGAGAGGCAGUUUGCUCAGAGCGGGGCCCCUGUCACCAUCACUGACAAUAUGCUGUGUGCAAUGCGCCACCCUCUCAAUCCCACCAAGCCUUGUCCCACUGUCAGUGCAGGCAUUACAAUCAUACCAUCUCCUGCCACUAAGCCAUCAUCGGGUCCUUCGGGGGGACAGGGGGAUGAUAGUGUUGUCUGGGAGCUUCUGGCAUUAGAAAGUUUUGGUUAUGAGAAAUGGAACUGUGGCCCAGGGCUUUACACAGUCCAUACCCGGAUAAACAACUUCAAAGACUGGAUACAGAAAAACAUGAAGUAGAUCUCUGAUUUGACUCCAGUCUCAGCCACUCUGUCACCAUCAUUGACAGCCUGUGUUCUUUUUCUAACAACUCACUUACUCACUGUUGCCAGUUCCCUGAAACAGAUCAGGUCUAAGUGCUUGGCAGUGUAUUCGGCUGAGCCAAUUGGAGACUUCCUAAGACGAGAUGUGGGGAGGACAGUCAUCCCUGGCAUUAUUUACUAUGAUGUAUAUUUACCACUAAUUACUAUUAUGUACACUGAACAAAAAUAUAAACGCAACAUGUAAAGUGUUGGUUCCAUGUUUCAGGAGCUGAAAUAAAAGAUCC